GUAACUAUAAUAUAUUGUGAGAAAGUUCAACAGUUCCUUAGAAAUGGUGGGAGAGUCAAGAUUUUUAAAAAAAUCGAAAUCAUUUUAAGAAUUCCUGUGCGUUGUGAAACCGAUUUGUUUAAAAAGAUAAAAGAUUUCCGCUAAUUGUUACCAUUUGUUGGUAGUUUUUAGAUAAAGUCCGUCCAAAGACUGAACCCAGACGACUCUACUCGCUAAAUUGCAUUUGGGCUGUGUUUAUCCUGUUCACAAAAAAAAGGAUAAUCCUAGAAAGAUGUUUCAAAAAUGUCGCAACCACACUUCUACACGAUGACACUGCAGAAAUCAACACGAAGAAAAUAGAUUUCUGCUGAACAGAAAAUCUGAAUGCGUGAAAUAUUCUAAAUCUCCCAAAGAACAGAGGACGACUACAAUAAAAUGGCAUAUUCCUGAAACCAUGCCAUUCAUUUAACAUUUAUUUUUAUGAUUUCUCGCCGAAUCCGUUAGUGAUUUUAAACUAAAAGCUUUUUGGCAAAAGAAAACAAUAACAAACUGUCAAGGAUAGGAAGAGUGACAGGAAAAAAAAAAGAAAGGAGGAGGAGAAAGGCGAAGAGACAAAGGAAAGGAUAUCAUCUAUCCUAUCCCAAUUAAAAAUCACACACAAACAAAAAUAGCAGAUAGCACAUCCUAAAUGACUGAAUCAACUCAAAUUCAAACGACCGAGAAUAAUAAUACGGGGGUGGCUAAAAUGGAUCCGGCACCAGUAUCACCCUCACCCUCCGAACAGCAAUAUGCCCUGAAAUGGAAUGACUUCCAAACCUCAAUAUUGUCCUCAUUUCGACAUUUGCGAGAUGAAGAGGAUUUCGUCGAUGUUACCUUAGCCUGUGAUCAGAGAUCAUUUACAGCACACAAAGUAGUCUUAAGUGCAUGUAGUCCGUAUUUUAGGAAAUUACUUAAGGCAAAUCCUUGUAAGCAUCCGAUUGUUAUAUUGCGUGACGUACGAGCCGAAGAUGUCGAGAACUUAUUAAGAUUUAUGUACAAUGGCGAAGUGAACAUAGGCCACGAACAGCUAAGUGAUUUCCUCAAAACAGCACAACUCCUCCAAGUGAGAGGUUUGGCUGACGUGACAGGACCCUCAUCGAAAACAUCUACCUCUACAGUGAAUCCAUUGUCAUCAUCAACACCUGCCGUACAGGAACUCAAGGCGUCGCCGGUAAGACGGAUAAAAACAUCCACUUCUUUACCAUGGGAACUAUCGGAGAAUCGUCCAAAUCAUCUAACACCUCCGCCACAAAAACGCAUUAAAAGUGCCGAUCUGUAUCGUGCACAGCACGGAAUUAGUCCUGAAAGGUUACUAAUAGAUAAAGACUUGCCACCAGAUCAACAUCCUUUGCAUCGGGAGCGUGAUAGAACGCGUGAUCGAAGCAAUAGUAGUCGAGAAACAUCACGGGAUCGUGAUCGAAGUUUAGAAUUAAGAGACUCACUACUCGGACAGGCAUUGGAGAGUGGGCAUCAGUUGCCAACAGGACAGAAACAUCCUGAUCUUGCAUCACUGCAAGCCCAGAGUACCGGCGAAGAUUCAAAUAGUAGUGAUACCGAACCUUCUGAUCGAGGUGAUGGUCAAUUAGAUGUUACAAUGGAUAGCAUGAAUGGUUCAAUGGACAACACGAGAUCUCAUUCGUUUCCAUUCUUAGGUCUACAAGGUAUACCUGGUCUGAUACCUGGUCCAUCAGGAAUUCAUGGUGCUGAUAAUUUUGUCUCUCGUCGAAUACAUGAAAUGCGAGUCCGUGCAACGGAUCCCCGUCCAUGCCCGAAAUGUGGUAAAAUCUAUAGAUCCGCCCACACUCUACGCACUCAUCUGGAGGACAAACAUACAGUUUGUCCCGGCUAUCGAUGUGUCCUCUGCGGUACAGUGGCAAAAUCACGGAAUUCCCUACAUUCGCACAUGUCCCGGCAGCAUCGUGGUAUCUCAACAAAAGAUCUUCCCGUCCUCCCUAUGCCAAAUCCAUUUGAUCCUGAUCUAGCAUCACGUCUGCUAGCCAAAGCAGGAGUGAAAGUUUCACCAGCCGAACUGAGAGCUCGUGCAUCACCCACAAGUGGUACCAGACGAGGAGAUUCAAAAUUGGAUUUGAGAGGACAAGAUGAUGAUACCGAUGAUCCUGAGGAUUUGACAACCGGCAAUAAUAACAAUAAUAAUAGUUCGAGUCGUUAUAGUGAUGGUUUAUUGGGUUAUGGUCAUUCGAAUACAACUAUCACGAGGAUUCCGCAUGAUGCAAUGUCACAGAAGAGUUCAGACGGGCUAUCGUCUAAGGAUCAUUUAGGUGGAGCAAGUACGCCGCUACCGCCAACAAGUGGUGCACCUGGACAAUCACUGUUGGACACCUAUUUGCAGUUUAUAACCGAGAAUCCAUUUGGUUUAGGAAUGUCCCAGGAACAUGCAGCAGCUGCCUUACACGCCGCCAAAAUGGCCCAACUCAAUGCCAUGGGUCAUGGUUUAGACAAACUCCCACCUGGUCUCCUGCCACCUCAUCUUGAUCUCUCCAAAAUAAGCCAUAAUAAUACUGAAAUUUCAAGACAUUCACAAAGUGGUGGACUUGGAAGUAAUAGCGCGGAUUCCCGAGGUAAUUCAGGCAAUGUGGGUAGCGGAGGUUCACAUAGUGGUAAUGCGGGUAACAUAGGCAGUAAUAGUGUAACUAUUGAGCCAGCCAUAAACAGACAUGAGGUUUCACCACCGCGACAACACACAGCCACACCACUUUCAAAUAAUGGUCCGGAUAUUCGACGUGACUCUUCCGAACCAAUGGAUCUCGGAUUGGAUAACAAUCAAUCGGGUAGCAAUAAUGAUGGUGCCAAUUCCGAUGGCGAAGAUGCCAACUACUCGGAAGAUGAGGGUGUUCAUAAUACAUGAAUAAGAAAUUUUUUAGUUACGAGAAUUAUCGAUAAUUACUUAAAUUGCAUUAGAUGAGACUUCAGAUUAUAUGUAAAGGAUUAGAACAAAGGAAACCUACAAACUCAUAGGAAAGUAAAUAAUAAGUUGAUCUUCAAAGCACAGCAUUGUUAGGAGCAAAGCAAAGAGCACAUAACAAUGAUAAUUUAGGUUCUAAUAACUCCCAUUCAGUUCUUCCUUCUUUUGAAGAAAUCUUGAGAAACUAAUGUUGAACAGGACACCAAGCAUUCUGUCCUGCAGUUACUUGUCUGAUGUCGUGAAAACUCGAAAGCCUUAAUUCGUAUACCAAUACUAAAAUCAUAUAAAGCUUAUAUACAAGUGAAAACCUACAAAUUUUUAAAAUAAAAAAAAAAUAAAUGUGAGGAAAACAUUUAUAAAAGGAAUAUUAAGAAAUGAACUGAACAAAAAAAUGUAAGAAAAGCAAAAAAUAAUCUGAAAAUCUGUUGUAUACGCAAUGUUUAUACGAUUUUCAAAUCAUAAUCAUCAGAUGAAAUAUUUAAAUGAAACAAAAGAAAAAUAUUCAAAAUAUUUAUUUAAAAAAAAAACAGUGGUGAAUUGCUUUGAUGAAUUAAAAAGUAGAAAUAUAAAAAAAUAAUGCAAAAAAAACCAGACCGAAUGCUGAAAAAAAUGUUUGUAUAUUAUAAAUAGUAGCAUAAAAUAUUUAUAGAAUAUUGUUAUAAAACACAACAUACACUCGAACAAACAAACAAAAAAUGUGAAUAAUUUAAGAUAAUCUUAACGUAGUAAAUCACCCACUUAACAUGCAACUCUAUGUGAAAUGAAAAUCAGUAACACAACUCAUGUGUUCGUAACAACCAAUAAAAAAAACAGAGAAAAUAAGCAAAUAAAAUAUAUUACACUCCCUAGCGCCAGUAAAUAUUAAGGACUUUAAACAAAGAAAACGGGUUACAUAUGUGAAACUAUAACUUUGUGAGAUCCUAUUUGUGCCAUUUCAUAUAAUAAUGUAAAAAAAGGAGAAAUGAAGAGAAACCUCAUAAAAUAGACAACCACAACAGGAGCGAAUGAAAUCUAAAAUUAAAAAAUUACAUAAAAAGUGACGUCAGGAAACAAUUGCAUUAAAUACACCACAUAGAUCAUCGGAAUCAAUCCUUAAAAGGUUGUAUAGAAUCAGGUAUAAUGACACGUAUUUUUAAUUUUUUUUUAUUUUUGAAUUUAUAAAUUUUAUUUCUUUUAUUUUUAAUUUGAUUAUUUUUCUUUACAAUUUCUCAAAACACGAUAGUCUCCUGAAUACAGUAGGAAAAAAAUUAACUUAAAUUGAUGUGAUGGUAUAAAAAUAUUUUAUUUUAUUUAUUCCUUUCAGGUUUAUAUGUCUUCCCCAAAAACCCAUUUUAAUUAAAAAAAAUAUUUUUUUUGGAUACAGCACAAAAAAAAUUAUACUCGAAAGUAUAAAAUAAAACAAUUAAAAAAAAAUGCAUAAAUAAACAAAUGAUUUGCUUUCAUACACAAAUAAAAUAAAAAUAAUUAAAGUAUUUUAUGAAAACAGUCAAAAUUGCUAAACCUGGUAAAUGUUUUCCUGAUUACAUUAUACCCAACUAACUCCAUCACAUCACAAUUUCUCGAAAACCUUGACUUUUACGUCGUCUCGAAUACUUUCCAUGCAACUUCAAAUACCUCUGCAGAAAUGUGAUAACAACGUACAGUACCUCUUGAAUAAUAUCUCAAAAUAUCAAAAUUCCUAUGAUUAUAAUUAUAACACAGACAAAACUUAAUGCAAAAUAAAUACCUCACAAAUCUUCACUGUAAUAACUUUAUAUGUGAUAGAUAAAAACAUAAAUAAAUCAAUUCAAUUCUCCACUUUAAAUAGAUGAGCCCAGAACAAGAAUUAUAAUUUAAAUCAAAAUUGGCAAUUUACAUUACAUAAACAAAAAAAUACAUUAAAAGUCCCACUGCCUUGCUUUAAUUUUUGUUUUAAUUUUAUUUACUUUAAUUUUCGUUUAUUUCAAAAUAAAAAUUCUUGCCAUUUUAUUCUGUAAAUUUCUAGCCGUAUGAAUAAUAGAUAAAAGGACAACAUAAGCCCAGUUAAUAAUUUUUAAGCAACAUAAAUUUGCCAUACAUUGAACAUCCAUUCAAUAUGACACUGAAAACAUGUUGGAAAUAAACAAAAUCAGUAGAGAUACACAUAUUUUGAUAUAAUUGCUAAGUAUCCAACAAAAUAGUGAAUAUAUAAACAAAGAGAAAAAAAUUAAUGCAAUAUAUCAUGAUAAACCAUUUUUAAUUUUUAAACUUACAAUCGAGCUUUUGAUUUUGUUUCCUUCAUUUUGUUUAUGCAUUUAGUUUUUUAGGGAAUGUAUGUAAUGUAUUUAUGACGUACUUCAUGUAAAGAAGAUCUGAAUAUAUAUUUUAUUUGUAAUUUAAUAUUACUUAAUUAUUUUAUCUUAAAGAUCAAAACAUUCAUAGCAUAACAAUCUUUGAAAUGAAAAUAUCUUGCUUGGAAGCAAAUCCAUGAUAUUUAAAUCAAAACGAAAUCUCAUAUUUUACUUCAAAAUGAAUGAAUCUUAAAAUACCUCAUAAAACUCAGUUAUUUUUUCCUAGAUUUUAAGAUAAAUGAAAACGAAUACCUCCUACCUAGUAUAUACAUUAUAUUGUUUUGAUCAAACUCAUGUUUAAAUGUUAAUUAUAUUACCUCUGCCGAAACGUGUAUAUUUUAAUUUUAACAAAAAAUGAAAAACAAAACAAACAAAACACAAAACGCGUCUCAUACAUAAUUUUUGUUUACUUAUAAGAUAUCUUUUUAUUAAUAGUGACAAGAAGAAGAAGAAAAGAAAAAAAAUAAGAAAAUCUUUUAAAUUUUUCUUAAAAGUGUUUUUAUUUCGAUUCAUGUGUUUUUAAGUAAAAAAAAAAUUUUCCUUGCAUAUAAUUUUAAGAUUUUCUUUUUAUCUGAUACUGAAUUGUGUAAUUUUUUUGAUAAUUAUUUUUAUUUUAUUUUUUUUUUGUGCGUAAUGUUUUAAUAUUUUUAUUUUUUUUCUUUAAUUAUAAAUUAAGAAUGAACAUUGUUUAAGAUUAUGUUUAAUGUAAUGAAGCAAGAAAAACGAAAAAUCAUCAAAAAACAAAAGUCUACCUCAAGAAGAAAAUCAAAAUAAUAUUUUUAACUUUAUUUUGUAUAAUUUUUAUGUUAUAAACGUUUA